AUGGGAACGUGGAACCGAGGAUUAGACUCGGCAGGCUCCGAUGGGAAUAUUCCCAAGCGACACGAGAUCCUUAGUAUCCGAAUCGGGAGGCGAAUGAAGGCAAAACGGAGGCAAACCCGAGGGAUUAAUCAUCAUCCACCCCUCCGGCCCCCGGGCUUCCCACCCCCACUGAAGAUUCAAAGAAAAAAACCCACUUGUGGCCCCGACUUCUCUCUCCUUCUUUCUCUCCGGAUUCCAUCUUACAACAUCGCCAAAAUCACGAUUCACACGAAUCGAAACCAAGUCACCUCGCAACAGAUUCGACAUCAAUCGCAUCCGCGACAAAUCCGCACCGAGCCGCAUUCGGCAUUUGAGUCACGUCUCUCCCGUCCGCGCAACGCGCAUUUUCACCGUCCAUCGGCAUCGAGAAAAUCGGUUUCCGGCUCCUGCCUUAACUGA